AUGGCUUCUCGCCGAAUCUUCGACCCCAUCGUCCUCCUGCGCAUCACACCGCUCUUAACCACCACGGCUCUGACCAGCUACACCCUCGCCCUCUUUGUCCAAAACCCACCGCCAUUCGCGCACGACACCAGGCCAUACUACGCCCCCCCGCUCGAGAGGGUAGUCCCUAUGAGUGUCAAAGUCACCUCGGCCCUGACCGCCAUCACCGCCGCGGCGUCGAUUGCUAACCUAUUUGUGCGCCGCAACGCGCUGAUUGCAGCGCAUAAAGCUGGGUGGUGGUAUGUAGCGGGUGGGGCGCUGGCGCUGGUGCGGUUGAGUGUCCUGGGGGCUGCGGUGGCGUGGGUUAGUGAUGGUUUUACUGAAGGGAGAAAUGAGGGACUGUUGGGUCGGUUGGAUCGGGGGCGGGUGGGCUGGCUCUGGGCGGUGGAUGUGGCAGGCUGGAGUGUCUUGCUGGCCGGCGUGGCGAGUUCUUUGAGAGCUUGUUAG